UCGCUUCGUUGUCUGAUGCUGCGCGGUGUGGGGUGAACCUCGGGGGGCUGGAUUUAGGGGCUCCCAGCUCCCCUGCUGCACACCCACACACCCCGCACCCAUCAGCCACCCCCUCCCAGCGCUCGCAUCGCUCCCACCGCCCGCAUCCCUGCUGCUUCUCUCUCUCUCUCUCUCUCUCCAUGCUGGGCUCCGCAGGGAGCUGCAAUCUCAUCGGGAAGGACUGGAAUGUCCCAGCCGUGUGAGGAGGGGACCUGGCAUGCCCUGGCCACCACCGUGGAGGUGACGGUGUCCACGCUAGGCUGCUUGGCUGUCCGACAGAAAGGGUCGAGGAGAAGCUGGGCUGUGGUCCCGGCUUGCUCUGCUGAGGAUUGGGAAGGUGCUGGAGAGCUGGAGCUGGGCUGAGGUUUGGUGGCGCCGGGGGAGCACCGAGCUCCUUCUGCCCCGGGAGGGAGAGAAGCCCAGCAGGGAUGGAUGUGCAGAGGCUGUGACGGGAACGAGGAGUAUCUGCCCUCACCUGGGGCGUGGGGCAGCUGCGAGGGAGCAGCAGCCUUGGCUGCCUGGCUGCGAGGAUCUGCUCCGGAGGAGGAUUGGCAGCCGCGGAGCGUGGAUCUGCCCUGGAGGAGCCGCAGGAGGACGGCAAAGGAAGCUCAGAAUUCCUGGAGGGAGGCUGGCGUGGAGCCUGAACGGGGAGCUGAGACAUCACCUGGGCGGCAAGACCUGCCCUGCCAUCCCCAGCGAGAGGACGCGGGCGUCGCCGAGGCUGCCAGCCUGAGAGGGGUCCCAUGCCAGCACCCCCUGCACCACCUCCAUCCCAGCUCCGUUCCCGGGGACCAGGCUGCGUUGGUGCCGCAGCAGCCCCCACGCCGGCAGCAGCUUGCCCCCAUCCUGCUGGGCUUGGCUGCAGAGCUUGAGCCCCAGGCUCUUCCACCUGGGGGUGGUUUAGUUUGCUUCCUGCAGGCAGGUGUGGAUCGAUACCUCCCGGGCUGGAAGAAGGAUUGGCUGAGCACGGCAGGAUUGUCCUGGAGCAGGCUGAGACCUGACCCUUCCCUCGGAGAUGGCAGAUGUGGGCACCGACUCUUCCUCCUGAGGCUGCCCCCAGCUCACCUCGCCCUCCCCCUACCUCCUACAAGCGGAGGAUGGGAACCUCUGGGAAAACUUAGGGCUUGUGGCUGCUGAAGACGACCGGGGAGGGAGGGAAGAGGGCUCCAUGUGAGCUCGGUGGCUCCUCCUGUGCCUUGCAUGGGCCGGCAGCGGGUCGCGCUUCGGCCCGCAGCAUGACAGCUUGUCAGUACCCCAUGGCGCCGGGGGCCCUGGAGCGGGACCGCCUGUACCAGCACAAGGUCUCCCUGGUGGUCAGGUAUUUCAUGAUCCCCUGCAACAUCUGCCUCAUCCUCCUGGCCACCUCCACGCUGGGAUUCGCCGUGCUGCUCUUCCUCAACAACUACAAACCCAACAGCUACUUCACCCAGACGCCGCCGACGCCGCGCGAUGCCUGCCGAGGGAUGCUCUGCGGCUUCGGGGCGGUGUGCGAGCGCAGCUCUGCCGACCCCUCGCAGGCUGCCUGCGUCUGCAAGAAGACAGCUUGCCCCGUGGUGGUGGCUCCCGUCUGUGGCUCCGACUACUCCACCUACAGCAACGAGUGCGAGCUGGAGAAGGCUCAGUGCAACCAGCAGAGGCGGAUCAAAGUCGUCAGCAAGGGACCCUGCGGCUCCAAGGACCCCUGCGCAGAGGUGAGCUGCAGCUUUGGCAGCACCUGUGUCCCCUCUGCAGACGGGCAGGCUGCCAAGUGUGUGUGCCCAGCCUCCUGCAGCGGCGUGCCCGAGGGCACCGUGUGCGGCAGCGACGGGCGCGACUACCGCAGCCACUGCGACCUCAACAAGCACGCCUGUGACAAGCAGGAGAACGUCUUCAAGAAGUUUGAUGGCUCCUGUGACCCGUGCCGAGGUGUCCUCGCCGACGGGAGCCGCGUCUGCCGCGUGAACCCCCGCAGCCGGCGGGCAGAGCUGCUGCCGCGCCCCGACGGCUGCGCCCCGAAGCGGGAGCCCGUCUGCGGCGACGACGGCGUCACCUACGACAACGAGUGCGUGAUGGGGCGCUCGGGCGCCAUCCGGGGGCUGGACAUCCAGAAGGUGCGUUCGGGGCAGUGCCAGCAGCAGGACCAGUGUAAGGAGGAGUGCAAGUUCAACGCCGCCUGCCUGAACCGGCGCGGCACUGCCCGCUGCUCCUGCGAGCGCAUCUCCUGCGACGGCGCCUACAGGCCCCUCUGCGCCCGCGACGGCCGCACCUACGCCAACGACUGCCAGCGCCGCAAGGCCGAGUGCCACCAGCAGGCUGCCAUCCCGCUCAAGCACAACGGACCCUGUGACCUGGGUGUGCCCAGCCCCUGCCUGAGCGUGGAGUGCACCUUUGGGGCCACGUGUGUGGUGAAGAACCAGGAGGCCGUGUGUGAGUGCCAGCAGGUGUGCCAGGGCCGCUACGACCCUGUCUGCGGCACUGACAACCGCACCUACGGCAACCCCUGCGAGCUCGACUCCAUGGCCUGCGUCCUCAGGAGGGAGAUCAAAGUGAAGCACAAAGGGCCCUGUGACCCCUGUGGCAAGUGCCAGUUCGGGGCCAUCUGUGAGGCAGAGACAGGCAGGUGUGUGUGCCCCACGGAGUGUGUGCCCUCCUCCCAGCCCGUCUGUGGCACAGAUGGCAACACCUACGGCAGCGAGUGCGAGCUCCACGUCCGCGCCUGCACCCAGCAGACCAACAUUCUGGUGGCUGCCCAAGGAGACUGCAAGUCCUGUGGCAGCACCGUGUGCUCCUUUGGCAGCAGGUGUGUGGCUGGGCAGUGUGUGUGCCCUCGCUGCGACAGCCAGCCCCUGGCACCCGUCUGUGGCACCGAUGGCCUCACCUACCGCAGCCAGUGCCAGCUGCAGGUGGCCUCCUGCCAGCAGAAGAAGAGCAUCGAGGUGGCCAGCAUGGGGCCCUGUGAGGAUGAGUGCGGCUCGGGGGGCUCUGGCUCCGGCGACGGCAGCGAGUGCGAGCAGGAGCGGUGCCGGCAGUUCGGGGGCUGGUGGGAUGAGGAUGCAGAGGACGAUCGCUGCGUCUGCGACUUCACCUGCCUGGCAGUGCCACGCAGCCCGGUGUGUGGCUCUGAUGGUGUGACCUACAGCAACGAGUGUGAGCUGAAGAAGACACGGUGUGAGAAACGCCAGGAUCUCCAUGUCACUGGCCAAGGAGCCUGCCGUGCCCUUGCCACAACCCCACCACCCCUCCUGGUGGUGCACUGCAGCCAGACCAUCUAUGGAUGCUGCCCAGACAACAUGACCUUGGCGCUGGGCGUGGGUGCAGCUGGAUGCCCAAGUACCUGCCAGUGCAACCCCUAUGGCUCCUAUGGAGGGUCCUGUGAGCCCACCACGGGCCAAUGCUCCUGCAAGCCAGGCGUGGGGGGGCUGAAGUGCGACCGCUGCGAGCCUGGCUUCUGGAACUUCCGCGCCAUCGUCACCGACGGCAAGAGCGGCUGCACGCCCUGUAACUGUGACCCGGUGGGCUCAGUGCGUGAUGACUGUGAGCAGAUGACUGGGCUGUGCUCCUGCAAGACUGGCAUCACUGGCAUGAAAUGCAACCAGUGUCCCAAUGGCAGCAAGAUGGGCACGACUGGCUGUGAGAAAGACCCUACAGCCCCCAAAUCCUGUGAGGAAAUGAGCUGUGAGUUUGGGGCCUCAUGUGUGGAAGUCAAUGGCUUUGCCCACUGCGAGUGUCCAUCCCCGCUCUGCUCAGAAGCCAACAUGACCAAGGUGUGUGGCUCUGACGGUGUCACGUAUGGGGACCAGUGCCAGCUGAAGACCAUCGCCUGCCGUCAGGGCCAGGUCAUCACUGUGAAGCAUAUGGGGCAGUGCCACGAGUCCAUCACUCACACAAGCCACACCUCGCCACCCACACCGCUGCCCACCCUGCCCUUGGACAAGAUAAUUCUUCCUCCACCACUAAGGUUCACCACUCGGCCUCCAGAGCCCACUGAGAUGCCAACCAGCUCCCUGCUGCUGGAAGCCAGGCCAACUGAAAGGAGCCACCCUACAACCAGGCGCAGCAGCACUGCCAGGCCAGCCACCACCCCCUGGGUCACCCACGGGGUGUACAAGAGCACUGUUCGCCCUCUCUCCACUGCCCCGGUGGUCCUGGCCACCACCCAGCCUGCCUACCUUGAAUCAGGCAGUGCAGAAGGCAGUGGAGACCAGGAGAUGGGCAGCAGUGGAGACCUGGAGUCCAGCGGAGCAGGUUCUGCUGGGGAAGAGGAGGUGGAGGAAAGCCAGGUCACUGCCACCCCAGCUGUUGAGAGGGCAACCUGUUACAACACCCCUCUGGGAUGCUGCUCUGACGGCAAGACCGCGGCUGCUGAUGCAGAGGGCAGCAACUGUCCAGCUACCAAAGUCUUCCAAGGAGUCCUCAUCUUGGAGGAGGUGGAAGGCCAGGAGCUGUUCUACACCCCUGAGAUGGCUGACCCCAAGUCAGAGCUCUUUGGGGAGACGGCCAGGAGCAUUGAGAGCGCGCUGGAUGAGCUUUUCCGCACUUCUGAUGUCAGGAAGGACUUCAGGAGCAUCCGUGUCCGAGACCUGGGGCAGAGCAGUGCUGUCCGUGUCAUUGUGGAGUCCCACUUUGACCCAGCCACUUCCUACACGGCAGCUGACAUCCAAGGGGCCCUGCUGAAGCAGAUCAAAGCUUCCAAGAAGAAGACCAUCCUGGUGAAGAAGCCCCAGCACGAGCAUGUCAAGUUCAUGGACUUCGACUGGAUCCCCAGGCUCUUCACCACCACUGUCACCACCACCACAGCCACCACCGUGGCUCCUGCCACCACCCGCAGGUACCCCGCGGCCGCCGCCACCACCGCCCACGCCCCGCGCCAGGACGCGGCAGGGCGCCCGAUCACCAGGCCAGCCGCAGCCCUGGGCACCAAGAGACCUGCCCUCACCUUCCCUGCCGCCCCCCGCCGCAAGCCCACGCGCCAGCCCCCCCCCACCACCAAGAAGCCCCCCAGGCCUUGCGACUCUCACCCCUGCCUGCACGGUGGCACCUGUGAGGACGACGGGAAGGACUUCACCUGCAGCUGCCCAGCUGGCAAAGGAGGAGCUGUCUGUGAGAAAUCUAUCAGGUACUUCAUCCCCAGCUUUGGUGGCAAGUCCUACCUGGCCUUCAAGAUGAUGAAGGCUUACCACACGGUGCGCAUCGCCAUGGAGUUCCGCACGGUGGAGCUCAGUGGGCUGCUGCUCUACAACGGCCAGAACCGUGGCAAGGACUUCAUCUCCCUGGCACUGGUUGGUGGCUUCGUGGAGCUAAGGUUUAACACUGGCUCUGGCACGGGCAUCAUUACCAGCAAGGUCCGUGUGGAGCCUGGCAGGUGGCACCAGCUGGUGGUGAACCGCAACCGCCGCAGUGGGCUGCUGUCCGUGGAUGGGGAGCCCCACGUCAGCGGAGAGAGCCCCACUGGCACUGAUGGCCUCAACCUGGACACAGACCUCUUCAUUGGGGGAGCACCAGAGGACCAGAUGGCUGUGGUGGCAGAUCGCACUGCGGCCACCGGCGGCCUGAAGGGCUGCAUCCGCCUGCUGGACGUCAACAACCAGAUGUAUGACCUGCGGGAGAAAGGCAGCGAUGUGCUCUAUGGCAGUGGGGUGGGGGAGUGUGGCAACGACCCCUGCCACCCCAACCCCUGUCACCAUGGUGGCAUCUGCCACGUCAAAGAGGCUGAGAUGUUCCACUGCGAGUGCCUCCGCACCUACACCGGUCCAACGUGUGCUGAUGAGAGGAAUCCCUGUGAGCCUUCACCCUGCCAUGUCUCUGCCACCUGCCUGGUGCUGCCAGAGGGAGGUGCCCUCUGUGCCUGUCCCAUGGGUCGGGAAGGAGACUUCUGCGAGCUAGUGACAGAGCAGGACCACACUAUGCCCUUCCUCCCAGAGUUCAAUGGCUUCUCCUACCUGGAGCUGAACGGGCUGCAGACCUUCGUCCCUGACCUGCAGGACAAAAUGUCCAUGGAGGUUGUGUUCCUGGCCAAGAACCCCAGUGGCAUGAUCUUCUACAACGGGCAGAAGACAGAUGGCAAAGGGGACUUUGUCUCCCUGGCCUUACACGAUGGCUACCUGGAGUACAGAUACGACCUGGGCAAAGGGGCAGCAGUGCUCAGGAGUAAAGAGCCAGUUCCCCUCAACACCUGGACCAGUGUCCUGCUGGAGAGGAACGGCCGCAAGGGGGUCAUGAGGAUCAACAACGGCGAGAGGGUGAUGGGAGAGUCCCCGAAAUCCCGUAAGGUGCCUCACACCUUCCUGAACCUGAAGGAGCCAUUUUACGUGGGGGGUGCCCCUGAUUUCAGCAAGCUGGCUCGAGCAGCUGCCAUCUCCACCAGCUUCACUGGAGCUGUGCAGAGGCUCUCGGUCAAGGGCGUGCCUGUGCUGAAGGAGCAGAACAUCCGCAGCGCCAUCGAGAUCUCCCCGUUCCGCGGCCACCCCUGCACGCAGAAGCCCAGCCCCUGCCAGCACGGGGGCAGCUGCAGCCCCCGCCUGGAGAGCUACCAGUGUGCCUGCCAGAGGGGCUUCUCCGGGGCUCACUGCGAGAGAGUGAUCAUCGAGAAGGCUGCUGGAGAUGCAGAGGCCAUUGCUUUUGAUGGCAGGACCUACAUGGAGUACCACAAUGCUGUGACCAAGAGCCACCUGACCAAUGAGAUCCCUGCUCCUGAAGCUCUGGAUGCUGCCCUGGAGCCCAGCGAGAAGGCCUUGCAGUCAAACCACUUUGAGCUGAGCAUCAAAACCGAAGCCACCCAGGGGCUGAUCCUGUGGAGCGGGAAGGGGCUGGAGCGCUCCGACUACAUCGCCUUGGCCAUCGUGGAUGGCUUCGUGCAGAUGACCUACGACCUGGGCUCCAAGCCAGUUGUCCUCAGGUCCACAGUCCCAGUCAACACCAACCAGUGGAUACACAUCAAAGCAUACAGGGUACAAAGAGAAGGUUCCCUUCAAGUUGGCAACGAGGCCCCCAUUGCUGGCUCUUCUCCACUUGGUGCCACACAGCUGGAUACAGAUGGGGCCCUGUGGCUAGGGGGACUGGAGAAGCUGAGUGUGGCUCACAAGCUGCCCAAGGCCUACAGCACAGGCUUCAUUGGCUGCAUAAGGGAUGUGGUUGUGGACCGCCAAGAACUGCACCUGGUGGAGGACGCUUUAAACAACCCCAGGAUAUUACACUGCUCAGCCAAAUAGAACCCCCCCAGGGACCCUUCCUUCUCCUCCCCUCCCUCCUGCCUAUUGCUGUAAUUAUUUUCUAUUUUUGUAAACUUAUUGCUUUUUA